AUGUCUGAGCGAAAAGUCCUCUCCAAAUACUAUCCCCCGGACUUCGAUCCGUCGGCCAUCACCCGAACGCCUAAACAUCUGCGCAGUACAGGGCCUAAGGUCAUCACUGUUCGAUUGAUGGCGCCCUUUUCUAUGAAAUGUACACAUUGCGGAGAAUACAUCUACCGCGGCCGCAAAUUCAACGCGCGCAAAGAAACCACCGAGGAAAAAUACUUCUCGAUCCCGAUCUACCGCUUUUACAUCCGAUGCACGCGCUGCAGCGGAGAAAUCACCUUCGUGACGGACCCCAAAAACAUGGACUAUCGGGCGGAGAAGGGUGCGAAGCGCAACUUCGAGCCGUGGCGCGAUGCGUCGGCCGCGGCGGGGACGUAUGACGAGACGGAGCAGGAGACGCUGGAUCGGUUGGAGAAGGAGGAGGGGGAGGAGCAGGAGCAGUUGGAGAGGGAUAAGAUGGCGGAGUUGGAGGAGAAGAUGCAGGAUUCGAAGAGGGAGAUGGCGAUUGCGGAUGCGUUGGAUGAGAUUCGUACGCGGAAUGCGAGGAUUGAGAGGACUGAGGGGCUCGGAGAGGAUGUGGCGUUGGGGCAGGUGAGGGAUCAGGUGGAUGAGAAGAGGGAGAGGGAAGAGAGGGAGGAUGAGGAGGCCGCGAGGAGGGCGUUUAUGACGGAGACUGGGGAGAAGGUGAAGAGGUUGGUUGAAGAGGAGGAGGGUGGUCAGGAAGCUGGGCCUUCUUCGGUGGGUUCGAAACCAACGGACGCCAUGCCUCCUCCGCCCUCCUUUGCGAGAACCAAGAAGCCCAAGAAGCCGUUGGUGAAUGGCCUGGGUAUUAAGAAGAAGGCUAAGCCGUCGCUGGUUUGA